UACUGGCUGACGGGACAGCUGACCGUUGAGAGUCUGAGAGGAGACUAGUUUACAGUAACGUUAGUUCAGUUAGUGUAAAGUCCCUAAAAAAUAACUGAUGAUGGCUAAAAGUGACGGUGGCUCGUACUUCAGGAGAUCCAGUCUCCUCUGGAUGGUGGUCGUGACGGGGUUUUUGAGUUUUUACACGUGGACGGUGUUUUGGCCUCAGGACGUCCCAUACAGCAGUCUGGGUCCUCUCGGCGCUCUGGCCAAGCAUUUCGUGGACUAUCAUUAUCCUGUGAUGUAUUAUGGAUGGUUUCUGACGUGGGUCAUCCAUCUGUUCGAGGCUCUGUUUGCUCUGAAGAUCUGCAGUGAUAAAGGCAUCGACAGCUCGUCCGCACGCUUGCUGUGGUUCGCUCAGACGUUUCUGUUUGGUCUCGCGUCUCUGGGUCUUCUGAUCAAAUACAAGCCGGACGGCCGACCCAAACGCCAGUGACCGACACCAGAGCUCGUUUUCCAGCAGCACACUGACCUUUAUCUUCCAGAGGAUUCAUCAACCUGCAGGUUAUAUCUGAACAGUCACAUCCACCUCACUGAUUCUGGAACAGUCUUUCUCUAAAGG